GUAAUAAAUUGCAUUUGUUUCAGAGAUGAAAAAGUGUGGUUGGCGUCAUAACCUGAUCAGGUCUCGACAGAAUCUAGAUUUGAGGUCAUAUUCGGAUGUUAUUUUUUAUCAAUUCUGUUGGGGUUUCUAAUUUUGUAAUUAGUAAUCUGGUCUGCAACUUUCAAGUGAAUUUAUUUCAAUGAUUUUUGAAUGAGUUUUCAGCCUACUGUAAAGUGAAGGUAAAUGGAGUCCAGUGAACUUCUAGAACAGGAAGAAGCUUUUCAUAAGCUAAACGCUGAAAUCGAAUUAAGAACUCGGCAGCUGAUGAAAAAUGUUGAGGCAGUCAUAAGCAAACAAAGCCCCAGGCAUUGGGCCCCAGAUCCAGGGGAAAAUUAUAGUUUAAGUAAUAGGACCCAAAAAAGAAAUGGAUUAUCACCUGAUUUUAUUAAUGGAAAUUCAAAAUAUUUCUCCGAAGAGAAUGAUUUCCAUGAGCUUUUGGACCAAAAUGGACAUAAGGUAUCUCGACAAUGUCAGCUAAGAGGAAGCAGAAAAUCAGUUUACAAUCAAGGAAAGGGACAAAAUAAAAAAGAUUUAUCAGAUCAUGGAUUACUACCUAGUAGUGCCAAAGGAAUGAGUGCAGAGAGUUUAGUUCGUUUACUUAAAGCAAAAGGAAAGUUACUGCAAGAGGAAUUGGAACAAGUAAAAAGAGAAUUACAAAAUAAGAAUGAUGAACUGAAAAAAAUCCAUCUAGAUAUAAAAAAUCUGGAAGAUGAAAAACAAAAAUUUCUCUCAGACUCUGCAACUUUGAGAGAUAAAGUUAAGAAAUUGGAAGUAAACUUAGCUUCUCAAACUGAAAAACUUCAGAUGAGAGACUCUGAAAACAUUAUUUUAAAGAAGGAAAUCGAAAUUUUAAAACAAGACAUUAAACGACUGAAUCUCUGUAUAGCUGGAAAUGAAGCGAAAUUGAACAAAUCAAGGGAAGAAACUGAAAAAUUUAAACUUCUUCUUAAACAAUCAGAAUCUAAUGAGAAGGAAGCUCGGGAUAAAUGUCGUACAAAAAAUGAUGAUAUGGUAGUCAUGGUGAGAAAGCUUGAAAAACAGAAGUCCGAACUCUUAGGUUCAAUAAAAAAACAAAUGAUUCUAAUCGAAAAUUUAAAAAAACAAAAGGAUAUUGCCGAAACUGAAAAAGGAUUGAAUUUUACAGAAAAGGAGUUUUUGAAAAUGCUAGAAAUGAGGAAUGAUCAUAAAAUGAAAAAGGAAGAUGAAUAA